AUGAAGGUGCAGGACACAGAGCGAGGCUUCAAAUUAAGUGUACCCUUAAGUGUACCACCUUUUUUAGGUGGCGGUGGUGGCGGAUUCUACUCCAGCGGAAGAAGUGGAACGAUUUUUGAUGGAAGCAUUGGGGAUCGGGGAGAAGGUGGCAUGGGAUUUCUUCAGGGAGGGGUGGGUGGAAGAGCUAAGACAAACAAUAUCAUGGGUGGGUUUGGAGGUGGUGGUGGAGCUUAUGGGAAAGGAGGAUCGGGUGGGGGAGGGGGAGGAGGGUACUCUGGGGGAGGCAGUGGAGGGAGUGAAAGACAUUCCUGUAGGGGUGGAGGUGGAUCCUACAAUUCUGGAAAGAGUAAAAAAAAUGAAUGCUGUUUCAAUGAAGCUGGGCAUGGUCAGGUGACCAUCAUUUUACUGUAG